CACUUUUUUUUUUUUGGCUAACAGUCUCACAUUUUCACUACCACCUUAAAAUGGUCUCACACUUUUUUUUUUCUCGUUCAUACUAGAUAUUUUUUAAAUAUAUAUUUUUAUUCAAGUGAUAAGUCUCGUCUCCUUAUUAGUCUUCUUUCUUCAACUAAAGUAUCUUUUUUCCGAUCAAUAUUUAAUACAGAGUACGCUAUUGUAAUGACAACUAUAAUUUAUUUUCCGAUCAAUAUUUCCCACUUCUUAUUUUGCCGUUACAAUGAUGAGAUCUGAGGAUUCUAAGGCUUAUUUUUUUUAAGGGAGAGAGCAGCAAAAAAAAAAUUGGACCGGAUUUGGAUAUCCACGAAUAUCGUGGGUUUUCACGGUUAUUCGAAAACCCAGAUAUCCGAGGUAAUCGGAUCCGGAUACAGAGAUCAAAACACAUAUCCGACUAGUGGGUUCGGUUAAAGAUGCAGAUAGCUCCAAAACCAACUUUUAUAUAUAUAUAGUAAUUAACGCCUUUCCGGACAGCGUGUAGGUGUAUAAAUGUACACAAGACAGCUACCAAUACUUCUACUAACUCUGCAAGCAAAGCCUCCUCUGUUUGACGAAAUUCAGAAAUAAACCAUGGCGCUCUCACUCUCGCCUUAUGGGGUUGGUGCUGUAAUAAACUUGGGUGCUUUGAAAAGCCAAGUUAACUUCUCACCCAAGAGAUCCCUUGCUUGUAAAAGAAGCAAGAUAGUUGUAUACAAUCAAGGGAGAAAGGAAAUCGCAAACACUUCUUCUGCAAUUGAGAAGCCAUUGACUAAAGAAGAUCUCAUUGCCUUUUUUGCUUCUGGAUGCAAACCAAAGGAAAUGUGGAGGAUAGGUACAGAAAACGAGAAAUUGGGUUUCGAGGUGAAGACUUUGUGCCCUAUGAAAUAUGAACAAGUAGCUGCUUUGCUUAGUGGCAUUGCUGAGAGAUUUGAGUGGGAUAAGGUUAUGGAGAAUGACAAAAUUAUUGGCUUAAAACAGGGAAUGCAAAGCAUAUCACUGGAACCAGGAGGUCAACUGGAGCUUAGUGGAGCACCUCUAAAGACAUUGCACCAAACUUGUGAUGAGCUCCAUUCACAUCUUUACCAGGUGAAAACUGUUGCUGAAGAAUUGGAAAUUGGUUUCCUAGGAAUUGGCUAUGAACCAAAAUCUAGUCUUGAGGAUGCAACCAUUGUGCCCAAGAGAAAGUUUGACUUUGUAAGAGAGUACUUAGCAAGAGCUAGCUCAUCAGGACCUGACGUGAUGAUGAGAACGUGUACGGUUCAGGUCAAUCUAGACUAUAGUUCGGAAACCGAUAUGAUCAGGAAGUUUCGCGCUAGUCUAGCUUUGCAACCUAUGGCGACUGCUCUAUUCGCAAAUUCCCCUUUUAGUAAUGGAAAACCAACAGGGUGUUUAAGUUUUAGGAGUCAUUUAUACAUAGAUACUGAUAAAGCCCGCACAGGGAUGCUACCUUUUGUUUUCGAUGACUCAUUCGGGUUUGAGCGGUACGUCGAAUAUGCACUUGACCUUCCGAUGUACUUCUUACAUCGAAACAAAAGCUAUCUCAACUGUAGAGGAAUGACAUUUCGGGAUUUCUUGUCCGGAAAAAUUUCUCAUCUCUCAAAUGAACAACCCACUAUUAACGACUGGGAAAUUCAUUUAGGAACAAUAUGGCCAGAGGUCCGGUUAAAGAGAUUCUUGGAGAUGAGAGGUGCUGAUGGAGGUCCUUGGCCGAUGUUAUGUGCCCUACCAGCUUUUUGGGUGGGUUUGCUCUACGAUGAGAAGUCUCUUCAAACUGUUCUUGAUAUGAUAGUUGACUGGAAUCUUGAAGAAAGAGAGAUGCUUAGAAUACAAGUUCCAAUCACUGGCCUAAAGACAAUGUUUAGAGGUGGUCCUUUGAAAGAUGUCGCAGAAGAUGUCCUCAAGCUAGCAAUGGAUGGUUUGGAGCGUAGAGGGUACAAUGAAACCGGUUUCUUGAACCCUAUCGUCGAGGUGGUUAAAACAGGGGUUACGCCUGCAAAUAAGCUCUUGGAUUUGUACAAUGGAGAAUGGGGACAAAACAUAGAUCAUGUUUUCGAGGAACUACGGUACUAAAAAGAUGAACUACGACCACGUACGGUAGAGAUCGAAAACGCUGUUGGAGUUGAUAUGAAUUAUUGUUCGGUAAUUCAUGGAAUAAGAAUAUUAUUGUUAAAGAAUAAUAGAACGCCUCGUGGUCCUAGCUAGUAGUAGAGAUCUAUUUCAGUAUUUGUAUGUGUAACACUUAUUUGUUCACAUAUCAACGGGUAAAUUAGAAAAGUUUAAUAAAACGUCUUUUUUAUCA